AUGAGUAGUGUACAGAUGAAGAACGUGGACAAGGUACUGGAAGUGUCAUCCACUCCAAUACACUCUAGAGGAUGUAAUUCUGGCUAUGAGGAGCAAACGAAGGAUUCGCGUCUCAUAUUAUCAUCAGCUAAGAAAAGAUUGUCUAGUAAAUCAAACUCAGAAACCGGAAGCUUCGACUCAGCAUCAUAUACUGGAUCUAGUUCAGAUGAUGAUGAUGAAGAAAGUCAACAACGUGAAAAUCCAAAGGAACGUUAUUUGAAACCUGGACUUAGAGCUGUAAACUCUAGAGGAUUCAAUGAUUUCUGUGUUCAAAAAAUCCGUCAAGCUUCUUUUGGGCGUAGAGAAAUUGAAAUAGCUGAACAAGAAAUGCCUGGUUUGAUGGCAUUAAGAAAGCGUGCUAAAACUGAUCAGCCAUUAAAAGGAGCCAAAAUUCUCGGUUGUACACACGUGACCGCGCAUACAGCUGUACUACUUGAAACAAUGGUAUGUCUUGGCGCUCAAGUUCGAUGGUGUGCUUGUAACAUAUAUUCAACACAGAAUGAAGUGGCAGCAGCGUUAGCUGAGUCCGGUGUUCCUAUUUAUGCAUGGAAAGGCGAAACUGAAGAGGAUUUCUGGUGGUGUAUUAAUCGUUGUAUAUCUGCUGAAGGUUGGAUACCCAAUGUAGUUUUGGAUGAUGGUGGGGACUUAACUCAUCAGCUGCAUAAAAAUUACAAGGAACUACUGUCUGGUAUAUGUGGAAUAGUUGAAGAAAGUGUGACAGGUGUUCAUCGUCUUUAUCAGUACGUGAAAUCUGGCACAUUGGGAGUGCCGGCUAUGAAUAUUAGCGACAGUAUAACAAAGUCAAAGUUCGAUAAUUUCUAUUUGUGCAAAGAAUCAAUUGUUGAUUCUCUUAAACGAACUACAGAUAUGAUGAUCAGUGGUAAGACUGUAUUGGUAUGCGGUUAUGGUGAAGUUGGGAAAGGUGUUUGUCAAGCGUUAAGAGGAUUAGGAGCUUUCGUUUGUAUUUCGGAAAUAGAUCCGAUCUGUGCACUUCAAGCUUGCAUGGAUGGUUAUCGUGUUGUAAAAAUCGACGAAGUUAUACGUUCAGUGGAUAUUGUGGUUACUUGCACCGGGAAUAAAGGUGUCAUUACUCGGGCCCAUAUGGAUCAAAUGAAAAAUGGUUGUGUCGUAUGCAAUAUGGGUCAUUCAAACACAGAAAUCGAUGUUCGAUCUCUUCAAACACCUGAUUUAACAUGGGAGCGUGUUCGAUCACAAGUGGAUCAUGUUAUUUGGAUGGAUGGUAAACGUAUUGUUCUUAUAGCUGAGGGUCGUUUGGCGAAUUUAAGCUGUUCAACUGUUCCAUCGAUUGUUGUCUCUGUUAGCGCCAGUACUCAAAUAUUAGCUUUGAUUGAAUUGUACAAUGCUCCUGCUGGUCGUUAUAAAAAUGAUGUGUAUUUGUUACCGAAAAAAAUGGAUGAAUAUGUGGCAACAUUGCAUCUUCCAUUAUUCAAUGGUCGAAUAACUGAACUCACUGAUGAACAAGCUCGAUAUUUAGGUGUAAAUAAAACAGGACCAUUUAAACCGAGUAACUACAAAUACUAA